AUGGUUCACAAGACUAAGAAUUCUGUCGAACAUGUUGAUCCGAGUCCUUCAUUCGUUCUCGGCAUGAAUGACGAGGAGUUGAAGAAGAUCGAGUGCGAACUCGACCCUUAUCUUCCGGAUCCAAUGCCCGAAUUCAGCAAAGAACUUAGAACUGAUCACCUGGAAAAGAAAGCAAUUUUGGAUAAAGAAGAAACUCCACAGGCAGCUGCCGCCAAAUCAUUAGAACAAAAUGAAGGGGAAACAGAGAAAGGAGCCAGAAAAGUGGAGAACCCAGAGAGAAUUGGAGUAGAAGAGGAAGUUGUUGCUGAGGAAGAGAAGACCGAGAUGGAUCCCGAUCACGAUACCGAUCCCGAUCAAGAAGGUGGGGAAGGAGGCAUUGUUUUAGAUAAGGAGGGUGGAGCGGGAGGGGCGAAACCACGACAAGGAGGAGCGGGGAGAGCUUCGGCAGUGUACAAUGAUGUGAUAGAGGAGACAGCAAGUAAGCUGUUGGAGAAGAGGAAGAACAAGGUAAAAGCUUUGGCUGGGGCAUUUCAGACAGUCAUUGACUAUGAAUCUUCAUCCAAAUGA